AUGUAUUUGUUGGUUGCUAUAAAGGUGCCGAAAGCGAAUCGUGAUUUAAGUCAUCUGAUGCUACUAAAUGGAAUAUGUGUCGUCCUUAACGUAUUAAUAUUUUUGACGCCUUGUUUCGCUCAACCGGAAUAUAGUGAUCCAACAGCACAAGAAUUAGCCCUACUUGAUUGGACAUCUGGCAUUCGAGUGGCGUAUUGCACUGAUGCUGGCGUUGAGAAGUUGGCUACACCAUUCAAGAAGAACCUACCGCACAUAUUUUGCAAUUUGAUUUGCGGUGUAACGCAGCAGCAAUUGGGUGGAGAUGAUGAUGUACACAAUCCAUUCUCCGAGCUGUGCGAAACCGGUGCACGCAAGUGGCCGAGUGGAACCGGAACGGAGCGGUUCCAAGGACUUGUAAUUUUGAGUGAAUAUUUGGUUCCAAUGAUAGUUGGUGCAUGCUUGUGUAAUCGCAGAGUUCGGCUGAAAGAAGUGCUAGCGAUCGCAAUGGUGCACGUAUUUGUUGAAUUCACCUCCGAACAAAUAGUUCUUUUGGAUGGAUAUCCGAGAAGAGAUUAUGGCGCGGUACAAUUUCGAUUUGUGGUGGUAUUGCCUCAUGGAGCAAUACCAAGAGUGAAGGUGCGUCAACCCCUAUUAUCAAAACAGAUUCUCUCCAAUUUCCUGCGGAAGUACCUCGACGAAAUUUCGAAGCGACUCGACUGGAGAAUACUGAGUUAUGAGAGGUUUCCAAAAUACGACGCAAUCACCGAAUUCAUGAACACGGCGCUCAUUCCGAUUGGUUUAUUCCUACUGAUUUUCAUGUUCUUCCUUGCUUACUGGUCAUCAACUUUCAGCAGUUCCUCUAGCAGUAACGAAGGAUGGGUGGUAAGUGGAGCAUCUGGUGGCAAAAAUGCAGCAUUGAGGAGAACACUAGAGUUGAUUGAGGAGCAGCGUGAUGGAGAAAUUGAUGAUCAACGCAGUAAAGCUGGGGGACUUGACGGACCUAUGACAGCGAGUAUGAUCAGCACUGCGAAAGACACGUCUUCGGGGAAAAAGUCUAGUGAAGUGCUUCUGGAUGUUUCUGGGUUACCAACGGAUGAAAACGAUAGCUUUGGAGCUCUUCCUGAAAUAGUUGUCGUACCUUCUGAUGUUAGGCAACGCCAUUCUGUUGCGAGCUCACGACGAUACAGUCGACGGCUGAGUUCGGUUGAUGAAGUGAUGAAGGAAAAGAGGCAUCGAAGAAUACGAAACAUUCCGUUCGCGGGUCGAGGUCCAAAGCGAGCCUGGAAAUCCGGUAGUAUGGCUUUGGGAGGAUUUGGUAAAAGCUGA